AUGAUGAAUCAAUCAGCUGCAUAUCAUUACAUGUUUAAAUAUAUUAUUAUUGGAGAUUCUGGAGUUGGAAAAUCAUGUAUUUUACUACAAUUUACGGAUGACCGAUUUGAUUCGAGGUCUGAAUGUACAAUUGGAGUUGAAUUUGGUACCAAAACGAUAGACCUUGGUGCUAAAUAUAAUCAUAUCAAAAUUAAGACUCAAAUAUGGGAUACAGCUGGUCAAGAAGCCUUUCGAUCCAUUGCUCGAUCGUACUAUCGAUGCAGUGCUUGUGCAUUUCUCGUUUAUGACAUUACUAGAAGGAGUACAUUUGAAUCAGUUCAAACAUGGCUCACAGAUGCUCUCUCAAACAACUCUAAUCAUUCUCAAUUAAUUGUAGUAUUGAUUGGAAACAAAACAGAUCUCGCCAAAACACAACGACAAGUAUCCUAUAAGGAAGGUUUAGAAUUUGCAGAAAAGAACAAAAUUCACAUGUUUCUCGAGACCUCUGCCAAGACAGCUGAAAAUGUGUACAAGGCAUUCUUGGAAAGUUCUGAAUUAAUUUACAAAAAGAUUCAAGCUCAUGAAAUUAUGGUUGGAGGUAUGGAUGACGAUGUUGUUGGAAGCGGUGUGCGAUGUGGUCCACUCUUAAUGCAACAUCAAACAAGUAUGAAUAGUAGUAGUAGUAGUAGUAGUGGUACUCCCAUAAAAACAAAUCCCUCAAAUACCAAUCGAAUUAAGGGAAGUGAAUUAGGAUAUACCAUUCGAAAUCCUAGUAGUAGUAAUAACAACCAUUCAACCACAUCAUCUUCCUCCACUUGUGCCUGUGCUGGAAGUAGAAGAGAAACUGGAGAGUAG